AUGUGUCCCCGCUGUAAUAUUGAAGCUGAGACUCCGCUACAUAUAAGCACGCGGUGUGGCCCUGCACAGGAAGUUUGGAGACAGGUUAAUCUUGAAUGGACUCUAUCUGGUAACCAUGAGGACUACUGGAGCUGGUUUACUCACCUAAUGAGAUCGAGUGACACCCACGCCUGUUUUACCAUCGCCAUUACAAUUUGGGGUUUGUGGUAUGCUCGUAAUAGACAUGUCAUGGAAGGGAAACAACAACAUGCACUAGAAAUUAGUGCCAAAGUUAUCAGCCUUGUUCGUGAACUCAAGGAGUUCAGAGCGAAAUUACCCGAGGCAAGGAUAACGAUGAAGCAAAGCUGGAGCCCCCCGACGGAUCCGAUGCUCAAGCUUAACUUUGAUACUGCUUUUCAUGCCCAAAGCCGACAGUCUUCUUCUGGUUUUGUUGUUAGGAACGCCCAAGGCCAGGUUUUGGGAAGUGGUAUGGUACGGAACAAUUUUGUCUCUGAUCCUUUCAUGGCUGAAAUGCUUGCUUGCCUCGGAUGGUCUGCGAUUUGCCACUGA